AUGGUUCAAGAUUUGGGUUUCCAGAAAGAUCCUGAGACGUGGCCAUUUCUGGAUCAGUCAUUUAUCACGAAUGAAGAUGUCGAGGUUCGUAGGCGAAUCUACUGGGGCUGUUACAUUUCAGACAAAUUGAUCAGUCUCAUCUUUGGUCGGCCAGUGCAACUUUUGUACAAUGAAGCCGAGGUUCGCGAACUGGGGACAUUACCAGACCCUGAGUUCAUUUUGCCAUGGCGCACUGUUGGGUUCGAUGAUGACGGACACCGGCAGUACACUGACUUAUCCAUGAUCCCCUACGUGAAAGAACAGAUCAAGCUUGCGCGAAUUGUAGAACACUUGCUGAGCCUGAUGUCGUCUGAAUCUGACCGGAUUACAAGCCCCCAGCUACUGAACCUCGACAGCCUCAAUCAUGAUUUACUAGAAUGGAGGAAGAAUCUUCCCAAUUGGGCCGAUUUUAAGAUAUGGGACACGAGUGAUGAGCCUUUAAAGCCAAAUAUAGCCGCAAUCCAUCUUCUUUAUAACGCCACCCGAAUCGCCCUCAACUUUAACGGAGCAGUAGCAUGGGAGGGAAACAAUCGCACAGAACAGACUAGUGAGGUUUGUAUGCUUGCUGUCACAGAGAUUCAUUCUAUUAUCCGCCGCUAUCGGAAGCAACAUGGAUUACGAAAUAGCUCUUUGGUCAUAGUAUAUGCGCUAGCUCAGUCCAUCCGGGCCUCAAAAGCAUUUGGCACCAGUGAGGAAACCCAAAAACUGGUCAAAGUUAUGUCAGAAGUCGCACCAACAUGGACGCUAGCAGAGAUGGUCACAUCUGCAAGAUUAUGA